AUGGCCGUCGUUAGGGAAGUUGAGGAUGGCCUGGUGGCCCCGAAGGGCAUAGGCCGCCCGAUCAUAGGCUCGGGCGGCGGCCUCGGCAGUGUCGUAAGUUCCGAGCCAUAUGCGGGCCCCGUUUCGGUUGGGGUCUCGUAUCUCAGCCGCGUAUUUGCCCCACGGGCGGCGGCGGAUGCCGCGGUACUUCACCUCCCUUUGCUCCAGUGGGUCCAUAUAUAUUAUAUAACGCGCACAAGUGUGCAAAAGGGCAGCCACCGGCUGAAUACAAGACACAACCAACAGCUGAAAACGUGGGAGGACAGGUCCGAAGACCACCUAGAACCGACCCCAACGGGGUAA